AUGACAGCUAUGUUUUCCUACGCUUGUGGGGAAGGCAGUGAAGGUUACAAAAAGUCGGCAAAGGUGAUCGGCGUCGGAUGUUCGGCUGAGGAGGCGCGAUUAUCGAUCAUUGUGCUGCUCCAGCUGAAUGACAUCGGAAGCCGGCUUGAAGAGCUCUUCCAAGGUGGCCUACAGGCGAUGAUCAAGAACGUGAACAGCUUGGCACCGGUCUUUGCAGGCGGCUGUAAUCUUACAGAUGAAUUCCGGCAAUGUGCAUCGUUCCUGUUCACUGGACGGACGCCAUGUGUUGUGUCUUCCUGUUUGAUCCGUGCUGGCGAAGGAAUCUGCGAUCAGCCGGAUCCCACAAAAGCCAUCGAUGACAAUCUCAGUUGCGUGUUCGCACAGGGAGCUUCGUGCAUGUCAGAAUUCAUGUCAUCAACACCUGGAACCCGAUGCUCUGCCAUUCAGAACGCCGCUACAUGCAUGGCCAAGCAGGUACGAGAUACAUGCGGUGAUGAUGCACUGACGUACUCGUUUGCUGCGAUGAAUGACUACGCACGAAUGAUGGACAGCCGAUGCAGGGUCGACAAACCUUCUGUAUCGAUCGCCACCGGUUGUUCCGAAAAGGACAUGGUCGCCUACUUGGCUUGCGAAAGCGCUAUCGAUCCGUUCAGUUUCCGACCAGUUUCCAUCAUUGGUGAUGGUUCCAAAUGGGACGAUAUGUGCACGGCUUUCUCGACGUCGUACAAGCCUUGCGUUGAGAAAAUGUCCUGCAAAUUCGAGCCUGUCUCAUCUGCCAACAUGUUGCUAUUCGAUGGCAUUUGCAACAGACCCCUCACCCUUCGCGAUCAGAAGUCAUACGGUCGCUGUCUGUCGGACUACACGAACAGUGCUGCCGGUCAAAAGUGCAUCGCCGCUAUGGCCAGUGUCGAUCCAAUGGCAUCCGAUGCUGCAAGCAAAAUGUGCCAACCUGAAUUCUGUCUUACUUGUGCCGGCAACGAUAUCGAAAAGGAAUGUGGUUAUGGUGCACUUCUUCACGUUUACGAACAACAUACCCAAUGGGCGCAAGCCUACAACAAGAGCUGUGUCAUUGAAUCACCCGAGCCGAAGUCGGUACCAACCAACACUCUGGAUCAGUCUAAAGACGUGGAACCACAGCAUGUGAUACGGGACGAGAUGCCACCGCCGUCUGUUGUUCUUCAGAAGGACACCACACCGAUUGUGAUCAACAUCGGAGAAACCAUCACGACCACAUCAGAGAUGACCACGACGCCGCCUAUGGAGGAGACCAUGUCAUCAGAAUCAACGACCAGCCAUCCAAAGGACAUCACCACCACUACCGUCAAAGGUUCAACAACGUCCGUGCUCAGUGUGUUACUGGUAUUCGUCAUCACUUUGCGAGUCUUCUAA